CCCAGCAUGGAGGCGGAGGCAGCUGGCGGAGCCUCAGCAGGCAUUUACCCAGUGGAUAUUUUGGAAGAUGACCCUGAAAGGCAUCGGGAAGCAACUGUGGGCUAUUAUGCGACACUCGGGGAAGGGAGACGGUCAUCGGUAGAGGUCUUCUCUCUUCCUACCGGGGAGCAGAUUAAUCUGGAAGCUUCGUCUGUUCGCUUUUGCACUGUGUACCGUGACGAACCUCAACAUAAAAUAUUAGCCUUGGUUAAUCCCCAGGACACAGAGACAGUCGUGGCUGUCUACAUAAAGGAGUCCUGGUGGGCCACCGAGGACGUUCUCCGCACCUCUGAUCCCGCCAGAGAAGGUCUGAUGAAGGUUCAGUCAUUUGGGGAAAGGAUUGUGCUUUUCAUUCUAAACGUCGUUAUUUUUGGAAGAUUGGAGAGGAAUUUGGAUGAUGGUGACAUGUUUUUUUUGCCUCACUCUGUCAAGGAGCAAGCAAAAAUUCUGUGGCAGGAUGGAGCAGCUGUUGGGUUUUACACAACCAAAAAGAAAGGCAGCCUGUGUGGUGACGGCACCGGGGCAUGCUACCUGCUCCCUGUCUUUGACACCGUGUUUGUCAGGAGGACUUACCGUCGCCGAGGCCUGGGCACGGCCAUGCUGCGGGACUUCUGUGAGACGUUCCGGGAGGACGAGGCUCUGGGCAUCAGUUGGCCGAUUUCUCCCGCUAUGUUCCAAGUGUGCAGAAAGUUCCUGUUGGCCCAUCCGGAGGAGCGGGGUCGCCUGUGGGAGGUGGAGCCCCCGGGAGCCUGGGGCCAGCGAGGCAGCAUCUGGCUGAAGGUUCAACUGCAACAGUCAAGACUUCCAGACCCACACCCAGGAAAUUCCCAGAAGGACGUGCGCAGUCAUGGGUGGACUUCUCCAGACGAUGGACCCAGCCAGUGUGGUCGUGAAGGAGGCAAGGAGGAGAGGACCCCCGGAGAACGGGAACAGACGGAGAUCGGUGAAGAGUGCGGAGGGAACGAAGAAGCAGGGGCGGCUGGGCAAGCCCGCGGGGCCGAGCAGGCCAGGAAGGAAGCCAAGAGGACCGAGCUGGGUGCAGGCCUGGCGGGGGAGUCCCAGAGGACGCAUGCGCGGCCCAGCUCAUAACUCCCAGACGAGAGGCCCUUCUGGGUCCCAGGGGACGUGGGUGUGAGAGCUGCCCUUGUCCGUCUGCGCUGCUGUGGCCGGAGCUGGCUUCCGUGCCUGCCCUGUCCUCCUGCAAGGAGAGAGCGACGCAUGGACCUUGACCUUGAUGCCCUCGGGCUUGUUUUGUUGGCUCAGGUGGCGGAAUGCCCGAGAAAGCGCUGCGCCCCUCAAGCACAGAGAUCUAAGGGACACAGGUAGUUAUUCGCCCGGGCUGGGAUUCUCGAAGCCUGCUUGUUCACGCUCGUGUGGCUGCUGUCACUCAGGGUGAGUCUGGAAAGAUGGUGCGGGCUCCACAUGCGCGUGCCCCUUGCUUGAAGCUCAGAGGAGGGCUGGGCCCGUUCCAGUGUGCACUGCCCAAAUCUGUCUCAAGUGCACCCAGCCCAGAUGUCACCGUGAGAGCACGGACACCAGAAGGGCUUCCAGGGAGGCACAUUUCUUUCCCAGAGAAGUUUCAGCCACGUUGGCAGCUCCCCAGGGCAGUGGCCCGGACUCCCUGGCGCAGACCAUCCAUGGGCCCGUCUCUCACAGCUGGCCUGGCGCACAGGAGGCACUCGGAACAGGCUCCAGGCGGGUGUCAGGACCUUAGCCAUGGCCUGCUUCAGAGGUGAAGCCACUGGAGGGGACUUGGGGCUGAUGGCCCUUCUGAUGUAUUGGUGCAUGAGGGAAAAGGCCCGUACUGGUGGAGGUGCGUCCAAAGGUGACAGCCAGCCCCCAGUGUGACAUCGCCUCCUCAGCAACCUGCACCUCCCUGCUUGGGGCAUGCGCUCGCUGCCACUGGGGCUUCGGAGCUGAACCGAGGACCCUGCCCGUAAGAGCCCAGUGAGGACAGGAGAUGCAGGCCUUCCACGGGGUGAGGUGUGGUCCAGGCGCUCCUGGAGGCCCCAGAGCCUGCUCCCAGGAAGCUGCGGUGGGGGCUUGUCUGCAGCUGAUCUCGUAUGACCGGUGUUCAGUGACGUCACGUCAGGCUCUAACCAGAGGAUGCUGGCUGGGUCAUCCUGGGGCAGGCAGUGAAGUCUCCGCUCCUGCUUCCGGUGGGCGCAGAGCUAGUCUUCUCCCUGGAGACAGCCCUCUGUGGCUCUCCUUGGAGUGCCCAGGCCUGUCACAGAGAGCCCUGCUGACUCUGCUCCCAGCUCUUGGCACGCCUGCCUUGCUUUCUGUAGCCCAGCUGCCCGGGCUUUCCCAUCAGGCGUACCUGUGCCCUUGCUUCAAGGUCAUUACUCAUGCACUUGCUCUGCCGUGGGCAUGUACCUUCUCCCUCGGUCCUUCUGUCUGUCUUUCUCUCUGUCUUCCUUACUCUCUCUCUGUCACUCUCCCUUCC